GAAUAGUAAAUUGUAUAUCGCUGCUAAGUUCAAAUGGCUGACAAAGCGCAAUGCCCAUCGGGAGGACAACAACAGAUGGCACUCAACAGCUGUGCAUUAUCGAGAGGACAAUCGACAGCUGUGCGGGUUAUCGAGAGGACAACGGCCUAUGGCAAUCGACAGCUGUGUGCAUGUAGUGGGCGCAGCAGCAAUGUGUAAAAUGUGGGUGUGUUAGCCUGCGAAAAACGCAGAAACUGAAAAGACUAGUAAAUUAAAAAUACAAGUAAAAUGUACUUUGUGUAGUCAAUUAAACGUACAAUGGCUCGGAGCAUGGGAUUAAACCACACAGCGGCUAGUGGGAACAGCCGUCGAGCUAUAACCAAAAAACUAGUGCUCUGGUCAGUGCUGAUAGUGCAAGUGGGCUUCAUUGGCUGCAUUUGGCUGCUCCAAAUGAAUCGCAGCCAGCUGCUGCAGCAGCAGAAUGGCAGUGCAGCAGACCCUCAGGAGUCGGGACGUGUGCAUUUCGUGCGGAAUGCAAGGAAUCCAAAGAAACAGGGACAGCAGGUGCAGCAGCAUUGCGUGCAGCGCGAUAACAUUAAUCAAUAUCAAGAGGAUUUUUAUCAAAUGAAAAGCGAUAACCGUUUGAAUCGAAGCGCGGACUAUGCACUGCCCGCUUACAUUGAACUGGAGCUAGCGCCAGCCUUGUGGUGUUAUAAAGAAGGCACGGUGAAUGAAACAACAACGAGGGAUCGAGAUUAUUUGAUGGCACAGCCGCAAUGCAACUGCGAAAGUGGCUGGCAUGGACGUGACUGCGGCCAGCCGGAGAUAAUUUGGCGAGCUUUAAUGACGCACAGUCGGGCAAGUAAACGUGGUGGCCACGAAGCACCACUUAAGCUGCACGAGGCCAGUCCAACGUCAAUAAAGCGAUUGUAUUAUAUGCUGAGCUUGGGCGACUGGGAGCAUAUCAACAUGGAGCUGCUGCAGCUGCAGCUGCGCACACUCAUCGAGGUAGUGGACUUCUUUCUCAUCUACUACUACGAACGGGACAGCAGCAAGGACCAACUAAAGCAGCGUCGCCUACAGCGACAACUGAACUCUCUGCUCAGCUCCAAUUAUGUGCUGUACCAAUGCAGCAAAGCAACUGGUCAGCAAAACUGCAGCGGGGCAGCGGCAUUUGCCCAUUUUCGGCAGCAAUUGUGGUCACUUUGCAGCGUGCAGCUGCAGGCGACGGAUCUGCUGCUCGUUGGUAACCGCGAGUCAAUCUUUGCACCCACUGCACUUAAGUUCCUCAAGUACUAUGCCACCGAUGUGUUGCCAUUGCGCUUUAGACUUAAGCACAACGUCUACGGCUUCUAUUGGCAGCAUGGACAACGCGCACGCCUUAGUGGCGUCAUCAGUUCCUUGGUGCAUCUCCAUGCUGCACAGCUGGAUCCGCAGCAUCUGGAAAAACAUGCGAUCUACACGCUGGGCGAUCUCAAUCAUUACGGCGGCUGGAGCUGUCAGCUGUGCAUGUCGCCGGAGCAAAUUGUGAACUGGCUGCAGCAGAGUGGCAUAAAAGUGCAAUUGCCCAAUAAAACGAGAAGCGCUCGCAUCGAUGCCAACUAUGUGCAGCAAUUGAUGGGUGCUGGUAUUCUCUUGGAGGAUGGUAGCACCCAGUUGCUGCGACUGAGGCCGCAGAGCGAGAAAUACUUUGCACCCGAUGUGGCGCAACAGCACAGCAAUCAAUUUGGACAAUUGUUGUACAAUCUCUAUGAUGUGAACGAUGUGCAGGAGGAUGACGACUAGCAGACUAGUAGUAUAGACUAAGGGGACUAAUAUUAAGACUCGACUCUAAGUAAUAAGCCUCUAAUUGUUCCCCACUUUUGAUUGAAUUUGUAUUCGAAAUUUAAUGUAUCAAUUUACUACAUUUAUUAUUAUUAUUGAAAACUUACUAAAGAACUAAAGUUUGUUGUAAUUUCAAUAAAAAUAAUAAAUAUAGUAACUCAGCAUAUAGACAGACAGGGCGACAGGACAGAGCAAGGGAAGACAGCGACGCCAUCUGUGAUAAUAAACUAAACUAAACUAGAUAUUGAAUCAGUCAAGGAAUUUGUUAUCGUACAUUUAGUUUAGUUCAAUUCGAAUUCUAAAACAUGUUGUAUGUGCAUUCUUAUCAAAACUUCAAUUCAUUAUGAACGUAUUAUUAAAUAUUUAAAUAUAUCAAAUCUGUAAGAUCUCAACGAUGUGCAGCAGGAUAAAGACUAAAAUGGAGGACUAGUAUU